AUGGCAAUUCUAGGUAUGUUUGCUAAAAGUCAGGCCUCAGCUGGUGCUUCUACUUCGCCCUCGGUCAAGCCGCCUGAUUCUUCUGUUCGUUCGUUCGAGCCUGUGGUAGACGAAGUGACCGCCAAAAUCAUCAAUCUUCUGGCAGAAGACAAGCGCUUGACGCGCCGAUGUGAGGAGCUUGAGAUCCAGUCACAGCUCAAUCAAGACAUGUUUCAUAAGUGCUCUGAGGCGCUAACACAGAAGCAGCAAGAGUGUGACCAGCUCCAGGUCUUAAAUACUUCACAUCUGCCUGUCGUCGAAGAAAACCAGAACCUCCACGGUAGCAUUGCAACAUCUCCUCAAAUCGCCGCUGGCUACGAGGCUGAUAUUCGUCACCUUCAGGAGCAACUACAAUCUGCACGAGCUGAAACCGAACAACAUACUAAGCAAAUCAAGGUACAAGCUAGCAAUUUCCGGACUCUCCACACUACGUGCACUUCGCUGCGUCGUCAGUUGGCAACCCAGCAAAAGGCCAACGAGGAAUUUCAGGAACAAGUCAUGUCAGCACAAGUCAAGGGCAAAGACUCGCAGGGUCUAGAUACCGAUAACACUCAGCAUGUCCAGGUUCUCGAGCAGCACAUCAAGACUCUCACCAUGCGCCUAGUCGAAGCCAACGACCAAGCUGAAGAGCGCAAAACCGUCAUAUCCAAGCUCGAAGAGGAGCAACAAAAAAACAUGGCACUCGGUUCGAUUCAUCGUGCUAUGCACGAUUCAAAGAUCAAGGAAUUUGAGGCUGAGAUUUGCACACUACACACCCGUCACACUCAGGAAAUCUCCCUGCUUCGUACUACUAUGGAAGAGGAGCGUAGCGAGCUCGAAGCUAACAUUUCGAAGCUCCAAGAUCAACUGCAUGCAAUCACGAAAUCUGCUACCAGCCCUCCAGUCCGUCGCGACAGCAAGCUGGAUGAUGAGCAUAGCCAUUUAAAUGACCAGCAAACGGAUAUUGAACGUUCAUCUAAAGACGAAACUGAAGAUGGAAGUGUAUCCUCGGCAAACGUCUGGGGUCCAGGCUGUGGGUUCUUCAGCGUUGUUGUGCCCGGAUGA